UUUUGACCGGUUCCUUUAGAUGUUUUAAGUGUAACUACUAAGGCGUCAUAAUAAUUAUAAAUACGAUGCACUACAUAUCGGGCAAAUAGCGCACCUUGAAAUCAUUGAUUUAAAUAAUUCCUCUAGUCUGCGCUGUUUCGAUUCCUGCUUCUGGGUUGAAGUUGUGCUAUACUGUCGUGCGUUUUUGUACUUUAAGUUUGACUUUUCCAUAAAACAAGAAGAAGAAAUGAGUGGCACUAAUAACGAAUGGAGAUCCGCAGCAGUCAGUACAGGGACCACUAUAAUUGCCGUGCGCUAUGAUGGAGGGGUUGUGAUUGGAUCGGACUCGCGAGCAUCGAUGGGAGGCGAGUACGUGUCCUCGAGGGUGAUCAACAAAGUGGUUCAGGUCCACGACAAGAUAUUCUGCUGCAUGUCGGGGUCUCUGGCCGACGCCCAGGCUGUCACCAACGCCGUCAUCCACAAGCUCAACUUCCACAGCAUGCAGAUGGGAGAGCCCCCCCUGGUUCAGUCCGCGGCCUCCGUCAUGCGCCAGUUCUGCUACGACCACCGGGAGGAGCUGAGCGCCGGCUUCAUCGUGGCGGGCUGGGACCGCAAGAGGGGGCCUCAGGUGUUUCAGGUGUCUCUGGGCGGUAUGGUCGUAGAGCAGGAGUUCACGGUCGGCGGUUCGGGAAGCACGUACAUUUAUGGAUACGUGGACGCCAAGUUCAAGCCAGGGAUGACCAGGGAGCAGUGUCUCGCAUUCACCACCAACGCCCUCACCUUAGCGAUGGACCGGGACAACGUGAGUGGUGGAGUGGUUCACCUCGCCGUGGUAACGGAGUCAGGUGCCGAGAGACAGCUGAUCCCUGGCAACAAACUGCCGGUCUUCCACCGCAUAUAGUGUCUGUAUCACAACCCUCUGCAAAAAAAAAAAAAA